AUGAUAUAUAGAACUUCGUAUCCAUUAUCAAACACACUUCGUCCAUACCUCACAGCUGUUCGUGCAACUUUGACUGCUGCUCUUUGUUUGGAUAAUUUCUCUUCUCAAGUUGCUGAAAGACAUAAUACACCUGAAAUCGAAUCAGGAAAGUCAAAGGAAGUAUUGAUGAACCCUUUGGUCAUCAGUCGUAAUGAAAAUGAAAAAGUAUUAGUUGAACCUUCUGUUAAUUCCGUUCGUAUCAGUAUCAAGAUUAAACAGGCAGACGACCUCGAACGUAUUUUAUGCCACAAGUUUUCUCGUUUCUUAAUGUUGAGAGCAGAAAGCUUCAUUAUUUUACGUAGAAAGCCCAUUGAUGGCUAUGAUAUCUCCUUCUUGAUUACCAACAACCAUACCGAACAAAUGUAUAAGCACAAGCUGGUUGAUUUCAUUGUUCAUUUCAUGGAAGAGGUUGACAAGGAAAUUUCGGAAAUGAAGUUGAGUGUAAACACUCGUGCAAGAACUGUUGCCGAAAGUUAUUUAGUCCAGGUAAAUAUUUAG